AUGGGUUACGGUGACGAGAUCUCCGGUACGGACAACAAGUCCCAGAAUGUCAUGGGGGGUGAGAAGUAUGGUGGUGCCGCCCAGUUUGACGGCGACCUGGUGGAGAAGAUGAGCGAGGGCGAGCGGAACAUCUACGAGGCCGGUAUUGAAAAAUAUAACCGUCUGGGAUGGAAGCGCCUGACGGUCGUGCUGAUCGUCGAGGCCAUUGCGCUGGGAAGUUUGUCCAUUCCCGGCAGUUUCGCUACCCUCGGUAUGGUGGCCGGUGUCAUCUUGACCGUGGGACUGGGUUUUGUCGCUAUCUACACCAGUUACGUCGUCGGUCAGGUUAAGCUGAAGUUCCCCGACGUUGCCCACUACCCCGAGGCUGGACGUCUGAUGUUCGGCCGGGUGGGUUACGAGAUUGUCUACGUGAUGCUGGGUCUGCAAUUGCUCUUCCUGACGGGCUCGCACUGUCUGACGGGUACCAUCGCCUUCAUUAACAUUACCGAAAGCGGCGUCUGCUCCGUCGUGUUCGCUGUUGUCUCCGCCAUCAUCCUGCUGCUCUUCGCCGUGCCCCCCAGUUUCGCUGAGAUGGCCAUUCUGGGCUACGUCGACUUUGUCUCCAUUAUUGCUGCCAUUCUGAUCACCAUGAUCGCCACGGGCAUCACAGCCUCCGACUCCACGGCUGGUCUUUCCGGGGUCAACUGGUCCGCUUGGCCCAAGGAAGGCAUCACCUUCACUGACGCCUUCAUUGCCGUUACCAACAUCGUCUUCGCCUACAGUUUCGCCAUGUGCCAGUUCUCCUUCAUGGAUGAGAUGCACACCCCCAAGGAUUACGUCAAGUCCAUCUGGGCCCUGGGUCUCAUCGAAAUUGUUAUCUACACGCUGACGGGUGCGCUGAUCUACGCCUUUGUUGGUCAGGAUGUGCAGAGCCCCGCUCUGUUGUCUGCGGGCAGCAUGGUCAAGCGUGUGGCCUUUGGUAUUGCGCUGCCUGUUAUCUUCAUCAGUGGCUCCAUCAACACGGUGGUGCUGGGUCGCAUGAUCCACGGGCGCAUCUUCAAGAACUCGACCAUCCGCUUCAUCAACACCAAGAUGGGCUGGAUCACCUGGCUGGCGCUGAUCACCGUCAUCACCUGGGUGGCGUUUGUGAUCGCCGAAGUUAUUCCCUUCUUCUCGGAUCUGCUGUCCAUCUCCUCCUCGCUCUUCAUUUCGGGCUUCACCUUCUACUUCCCCGCGCUGAUGUGGUUCUUGCUGGUGCGCGAGGGCAAGUGGAACACGCCCAAGAACCUGAUGCUGGGAGCACUGAACCUGUGCUGUUUGAUUAUUGGUCUGGUGACGCUGGGGGCUGGUACCUAUGCCAGUGUCGACGACAUUAUUCUCAACUACCGCAGCGGAUCCGUGCGUGGUGUGUUCACUUGCGCCGCUCCGGAGUAA